AUGUCCGGGGUAGCAAAUUGGAUCAAGGCGCAACGAAAGGGGGAUUUGAUGGAGCUUGCAGAUUCGAUUGGACUUAAGUAUAUUGAUGGUAUUAAGAAGACAGAGCUUGAGCUUGCGCUUGAGGAUUACCUGGUUGAGAACGAAUCGCAACUAGCCAACGAAACACGACUCAUACCAUAUUAUAACAGAAGAUCCGGUGCAUCACCUGUAAAGAAGGAACCUUCUACCCACGACGAGAUGGAUACAAAAAGAUCGCUGAGACGCAGAACUAGACUUGCGUCUGAAAUCUCCGAGGUCGGGAAUCAAACUACUGACGAUUCAGAACCCGAGCGAGCAAUUGCGCGCUCUAAUAUGGCUCUUACACAAACUCCUCAAGCUAGCGCACUUAGGUUUACCUCAAAUGUUCCUCUUCCACCAUCUCCAGCCGUUGUUGCAGAUGUUAUCGAUCGCCGCACAGCAGUUUUACGCGCAAAAGCAAAUGAAUACUACAAGGACUUGGGAGUCGUCGAGGCUGUGGAGACUGCCCGUGAAACUAUAUCAAAUGUUGUGGCCCUUGAGUUCAUUAUGCUACUAUCAGAGGCGUUACAACUUCAGCCAGAGCUUUUGGAGAACAAAUACGCAUUCACAAUUCCUCCGAUUAAUUCCCUUACCACCUCCGAAUACGCGGUAAAAAUUCCGGAUUUGUUCCUCUUAUUGACCUCAUCGUUUUGGAGUCCUUUUGCCUUGUGGUUAUCCACAAGUCUCUUGCUGCCAUUGUUUGGAGCAUACUUUUUCAACUUGACAAGCAAACCUAGCACGCGAUCCAAGCGAUAUUCCUUUGAUCCAUUAACAUUCAAUAUCGUAAAAGGACUCGUAACAUACAUAGUCUACGGUCAAGAUGCAAGUUUUGGUGGGCUCAUAGAUCUUGAGCAAGUGGCUAGAAUCAAUUCGGCACUUUAUGGAGGUUACCAAAGCAUACUUGUUGGAACCGGCAUCGGAAUCCUGGUCACAAUGUACGAUGCCGUUUUGAAAAAAUGA